CACUUCUUCUUCCUGUACUCUUUUUUUGAGCAGCUACUCGCAUGCAUAGAGCCAUCUGGCCUGCUGUUUGAUUGGCACCAUUUCCACUUCUUAUACAAUUCAUCUAUAUAUUCCUUUCUAUUUGCUUUCUAUGUCAAUUUGUAUCCAUUCAUUUAAGUUAGAGGUUUAAGUUUUUUCCCGCAAUUUAGCUUCAACAGAAUCUUUCAAUGAUUUAUCACAGGUAUAUGCAAAUUCAAUCACUUGGACAAUGAUUUUCACUUCAACUCUAUUACUCUUUCAAUUAAGUCUUUGAUAACUCAUUGUUCAAGUGGUUGAAUUUCCAUAUAGCUGUCUCGACGACACUCAAUAUAUAUACCCAUAAUAUGCAACGAUUUAGGACAGAUGUUUGCAAAUUCAACCACCUUAAAAAUGAGAUUUGGUUGUCUUGAGUAGAACCUUUCAAAAUUCAUUGUUAAGGUGCAUGGUUCAAUUUCCAUAGACCUGUCUCUACAGCAUUCAAUAUGUACAGCCUAAUAUUAUUUUCGUUUGGUGCAGUGUGUCUUCAAUCUUGCUUUUGGGCCUAAAGGCAAUUCAAUUCAAUUAAAAUAAUAUCUUCUUAUGCUUAGUAUCUCUCAUAGUAAUUACUUCGAUCUGUAUCCUGUCUAGAAUCUCUUCUUUCUUGCUUCUGGAGCCUUCUAAUUGGAGAAGAGAAAGAGAGAAAAUCAUCAAGCCCACUAGAGGAACUCAUGGCAAUACGCACUGUUUGAAUUCGUGACAUUGAGCCCUGCCAAAAUAACAUCCAAAUCAGAGUCCGUGUAUGCAGGCGUUGGGAAUCAAAAAAAUACAAACCUGUGGAAAAAAAUGAAGGCCUCCAAUUUAUAUUGGUGGAUGAAAUGAAUGAUGCAAUCCACGGAUUCAUAAGACAAGGGAACUGCGAACUACUCGCAUCCAACAUUGUUCAAGGAAAUAUAUAUGAAAUCAGCCGCUUCUUUACAAGCUACAGCCAGCCAAGCUACAAAAUAGUACCACACCCUGCACAAAUCCAUUUCACUGGCAAGACCAUUAUUAAGCACAUUCCAGAAUUACCAGCCUCUAUUCCACUACAUUGCUUCUACUUGAUCGACUACAGUCUUCUUGCCAGCCGUUCAAAGAACGAAAUCCUCUCAGACAUUUUUGGCAGAAUCAAAAUGAUUCAACCUCCUAAAGAGAAGCUGACAUCUGACAAUCGAAUCACGUUGCGAUGUGACAUCUACAUGCAGAAUAUACGAAAAGAAGAUGUACAAGUCACUUUGUGGGGAGACGUUGCACGCACAGUUAAUGUUGAUGCUAUUAGGACAACACCUCCACCUGCACUUGCGGUUUUUACAAGCCUUAAGGUUACCAAGUAUCCAAACAAAAUUGCAUAUCAAACACAGGGAACACCUUCUUUUUCCUGAAUCCAGAUAUCAAAGAGGCUGAGGACUACAAACAUUAGUGAGCAUAGAAUUUCUCAUCUUUGCACAAAAUUUAUUAUCUUCGCAAAUUUCAAAUUUAUUAUCUUCGCAAGUUUGAAACCUGUUCCAUUUCAUUUUAUAUUUCAUCUGUACUUUAUCACUUGAAACGAAAUUAAUUUCUCUCUGAGAUCUCUACAAAAUUAAUUAGUUUCGUAUGUAAACACAGCUUUGGCGAACCUCAUCAUACUGCACACAUUUUAUCAAGCCAACCCAAACAACCAAGGACUCCGGCAGAAUUACAGGCUGUCAAACAGAUGUCUGUCUCAGAUUUAAACAUCUGUGAACCAAA